GCUAUCUUGCAGUAUCCUCUCAGAAUUACAUAUCAUAAAAAUAUCACUUCGGUGCAAAUGUGCAAACAAUGAACUAACCUCGCGCGCGCGCCGAGCAUGCAAUCAAGUGAUGAAGAUUCGCGCCGUGCGUGGGUCACAACGCAGGACUGGGGAGGGGUUCCUCAGGCGGGGUUCAAGCUGCCCAUACUAAUGAAGCAGCAGGGCGGGCGAAAUGGUUUCGUGUUCUCCGACAUGCUGCUGUCCGCGACCUUCUGCCUUGGCUUUAGGCUUUGUAAGCAAGCCUCUACGUUGCGCGGCUGAAUACCCGGCCUUCCCAGUUCGACAAGUGACGCACCGCCGUUGCUACAUGCAGCGCGCAAGGUCCAAAGGUCCAGAGCAAAUAUUCUUGCGCGCAAAAGAGGCUGCAGCGGCCGGCAAUAAGAGCAGCAGAGCUCCGCAGUGGCCAAACGCCUGUUGCAGCGGAAACGGGGACCCGGAACGCUUUCAAGCCCUGCUGCCUCUUCGCUAAAUUCAAGAGAUACGCAGCAGCGUAAGCAGAAGGUACGUUGGAGCAUGCAUGCGCGCGCGGCCAAGGAACCCAGUUCCGUCCCGGAGAUGGGGCCCGAGAGCUCGGCUAAAAGCCUGUGGCGAAGGCUCGCCUGGCCACAAAGCUCUUGCCAAGCUUAUACACAAUAGUGACUGCAUACCUAGCUUGCUUGCGCCAGGCCACCUAGGGGCUAACUCAGCGCUAAAGGCUUCACCGGUCCUUGUUUCGCUCGGCGGGGUCCUCGCCUGGCCUGCUUGCGCCUGAAACAAGGUUGCCGUAAGCAACCAAAGGGUUUGCUCCUAGCAUUUUAGAAGAGAGCGCAGCGCCGGUGAGUGUUCCGGGUGGUUCCUUCGCUCCAGGCCGCGGACCCUGCUGUUUGGCUUCUUUUGGCGGCUUUGAAGGAGUCUCGCAGCCUGCAAGGGCAUGCAUGUGCUCUCUGAAGCUUGCUUGUGAUCUUGAAACUGGGUGAAGCGCAUACUCGGCGCACAACAUGCGUUGACCAAUUCCUGAUCGGCCAAAAUACUUUGCCCGCCGCGCGCGUGCAGGCAUCCUCCCGGCUACACGGGAGACGGAUGUCUGCCGAUGGUGGAACUGCUGGCUAUGGCCUGGUGAGCUAUGUACAUGCGUGCGUGGUUCGCCGGGAAGUGCGCAUUGAGCGAGGGCGGUUCCUCGAAGUCGCAUUCGGGAAGCGCUGCCAAGCUCAUUUUGAAGGCCAUACAGCUUUGAGCUGUUGGUGGUCCUCGGGGAUGCACAUAGUGCUAGGACUGUUGGCAGCUGCGAGACUCGAACAUACAUGUGGCAUCUCGCUUGCGCUCGGGCGCGAUAUGUAAGCGGCUGCUGUA